ACUAUUACCUACUAUUAUCUUUAUUCUCCAUCAGAUUUGCAUCAACAACCACCACCACCACCACCACCACCAGCAUGGCAGUAAUAGCAGGAGUAGUGAAUGGUCACACGUAUGUGGUGACUUCUUGGACUAUCAGGCUGCCCUUGUAGUGUGUUGGACUAUCGGUCAACAAGGAGACCUGAAAGUUACGUGGUACAACUAUUUUGGUGAUAGUAGUGGCUGAGUUGCCGAUCCAAAGGCCUGGCUUAAGAGUGAUCCCGAGCUACCUGUACCAUCAAGAUCAAGAUCGAGAGUGGAUGAGGGCGAGGCAUGAAAGCGAUGAGGCAGAGAAUGAGUAUCUGAAUGCAUGGGCAGCGUAUGUGAAGCAGCAGCGGUUGACGAGACGAAUGAUAAUGAAUGCUAAAGUGAAGAGUGAAAGGAGCGUGAUUCAAUCUUUAAGGGAGAAAGGUAUGGAAGGUGGCCGUGAAUGGUACAAGUUCAUGAGAGGUGAGAAUAUGUCAGGCAGUGUUGGUGUGGAGAGUCUAAAAGUGGAGGGUGUAGUUAUAACAGAGAAGGAUGGAAUCAGGGAGGCAAUCAAAGGGUUCUGGGAAGAAGUAGGUGGGGUAGGUGAGAUGUUUAGUGUGAGAGAAGAAUGUGUAACACUGGAAAGGAAGAAUGCAGAUGAACUGGAUGAAAGAAUCAGUAGGGAUGAAGUGGAGAGGUGUGUGAGAAGGCAGAAGAAUGGCAAGGCAGCAGGUCCAGAUGAUAUACCCUAUGAGUUCUACAAGAAUGGUGGGGAGGUAGUGAUAGACAGAAUGACUGAGUUAUUCACAACCGAGUGUGGGAUGAAGAGAGAGUGCCAAGAAAGUGGAAUGAGAGCCGAGUGUGUCUGUUGCAUAAGGGAGGAUUUAAGAGUAAGAAUGAGCUGAAGAACUACAGGCCAGUUGCAUUAGUGAAUACAGUAGGUAAAGUUUUCAGUGCAGUGUUGAAUGAGAGACUGUGUAAAUGGAUUGAGAGAGCUGGAGUGCUGGGUGAAGAACAGAAUGGUUUUCGUAGGGACAGGAGAGCUGAGGACAAUAUGUUUGUGGUGAAUGAAAUGAUUGAGAAGAAAAAGAAGGAUGGGGGUAAAUUGUACCUAGGUUUUUUGGAUAUAGAGAAAGCUUAUGAUAGAGUGAACAGAGAAAUGUUAGGUAGAGUCUUAGAAAAGAUUGGAUUGAGUGCAAAGAUAGUUAACGUAGUGCAAAGUAUGUAUGUGGACACAAGAGCUAGAUACAGGCUAGGAGACAUAGAAACAGACUGGUGUGAAGAGUGAGAGAGGAGUUAGGCAGGGCUGUAUAUUGUCACCAACCCCUUUUUAGCCUGUAUACAGAGGAGCUAGCAGCCAGGAUGAGAAGAAUGAAUGUAGGGGUAAGUGUGGGGAAUGAUAAAGUAUGUGUGCUCCUUUAUGCAGAUGAUGUAGUUGUUAUGAGUGAAUCGGCAGAUGAGCUUCAAAGUUUGUUGGAUGUAGUGGAUGGCUAUGGUAAAGACUUUGGAGUAAGGUUUAGCAGUGAGAAAAGCAAAGUAAUGAUUGUGAAUAGAUCAGAGGAUGAAAGUAAUGUGGUAUGGAGACUUGGAGAGAAUGAGUUGAGACAGGUGCAAGAAUACAAGUACUUAGGGAUGUGGAUGAGUCCUAGUGGGUGUGCAAAGGCAAAGAAUGAAAAGAUAAGUAUGCUAAACCAGUGGGUAGGUCGAUUGGGAAGCGCGGCAAGGAUGAGAGCAAGUAAGUAUGAUGUGUUGAGAGAAGUGUGGAAGAGUGUGGCUGUGCCAUGUAUAAUGUAUGGUAUGGAUGUGAUUGCAUGGAAUGAAAGUGAAAUUGAUAAGUUAGAAGUGGGCCAGAACAAAGUAGCAAGGAUGGCACUGAGUGCACCGAGGUGCACAGCAGUUGAAGCCUUGAGAGGUGACAUGGGAUGGAGCACCUUCAGAGAAAGACUGACAAAAGCCACACUUAGGUACAAGAUUAGGCUUGAGAGAAUGGAUGAUGCAAGAAUAGCAAGGAAGGUGUACCUGUGGAAUGAAAGUGGAAGCAAAUGGAGGAAGAGAUGCAUGAGAAUGACAGACAGGAAUGGAUUGCAAGUUGUGUGGGCGAUAAGAAUGGCUGGUAGGAAUCAAAAUGAGCGUGAAUGGGUGGUAACAAGAGGAGGAAGAGUGGGAGCCGAGUGGGAUGUGAGAAAAUGGAAGAAUGAGAUAGACAAAGAAGUGAAAUGUGUGGGACUGAAUGAAUGGAAGAAUGAGAUGGAAAGAAAGAAGACCCUGGAAUGGUACAAGGAGAAAGAGGCCCCGAGGUAUGAAAGGUGGUAUGAUGGAAGCCUGGGCGGUGAUCUUCUCUUCCGAGCGAGGGCACAGUGUAUGGAUGUGAAUGCAAGGAGUUACAGGUGGUCUGAGUCCCGCAGCAAAGUGUGCCAGAUGUGUGACAUGGGAGAGGAUGAGACGGUGGAACAUGUGGUGCUGGAGUGUGUGCAGUAUGCCAGAGACAGGAAUGAGAUGAUGCAAGUGAUACUGACUGAGUUAGGGCAUGAUAGGAAUGAAAGAGUGGAGAAGACCAGGAAAGGAAUGGAUGGUGUUGUUGCUGGGACUGUGUAGAGAGGCGAAUGAAAGGAUGAUUGAGGCGGUGAAAGAGUUUCUGGAGAGAAUGUGGCGUGCCAGGUGUAUGAACAAUUAGGAUAGAGGAUGCUGUUCGUUUCUCUUUUUUUUUCCCCUUUCUACAGGAGUUGCCGAUCCAAAGGCCUGGCUCAGGAGUGAUCCUGUGCCACCUGUACCAUCAAGAUCAAGAUCAAGAUAUCAGAUGGUGAGUCUGCGUACAAAAUUGCAUCGGAGGGAUUGAUAGAGGCAGCCACAAUUAUCCAUCAUCAUCGGCGACACCAUGGCUCUUGAGAAGACAGACAGACCUCGAUGACAGCGUGGUGAGCGAGGAGGGGGAGUCAACCAGCAGAGUGGGGGAGCAUGACCCCUACUUUGAACCAGUGGUGACCUUGCUGGAGGUCUUCGUGGUUAGUGAUGAUGACCAGGAGGAGGAAAUGAUAAGACUGAGUUUCGAGGUCAGGUCAGGCAGUACAAGCUGUUUCGUUAUCACACCUCUGAGUCGCCCCCACAGUGGAAGGAACGGGGCAUGGGGGCCAUUAACAUUCUGAGGAACAAGUAGAAGAAGGCUGUGGAGUUUGUUCAGCGGCAGAAUUAAUGCCAGUGGUUGAGUUCAGAUCCUCCAAGACACACACACACACAUACAGCAGCCCCUCCACCUCCCCACAGCCCUCCACAGCCCCUGACACAGCAUCUGACACAGGCCCUUCACAGACCACCACAUACCUCACACAUACAUAAGAACAUAAGAACAUAAGAAAUAAGGGAAGCUGCAAGAAGCGACCAGGCUUACACGUGGCAGUCCCUGUAUGAAAUAUACCUACCUAUUUCCAUCUGUUAUCCCCAUCCAUAAACUUGUCUAAUCUUCUCUUAAAGCUCUCUAGUGUCCUAACACUAACAACAUGAUUACUGAGUCCGUUCCACUCAUCUACCACUCUUUUUGAGAACAAUUUUUUUCCUAUCUCCAUCCUAAACCCAAAUUUUUCAAGCUUGUACCCAUUAUUUCUUGUUCUACCCUGGUUGCUGAUCCUAAGAAUUUUGCCUACAUCCCCCUUGUUAUAACCCUUAUACCACUCAAAGACUUCUAUCAGGUCCCCUCUUAACCUACGUAUCUCUAAAGAAUGUAAAUUUAACAGCUUCAACCUCGCCUCGUAAGGAAUACUCCUCAUCCCCUGUAUCCUUUUAGUCAUUCUCCUCUGUACUGAUUCUAAUAGACCUAUAUCUUUCCUGUAAUGUGGGGACCAGAACUGCACAGCGUAGUCUAGAUGAGGUCUGACCAGCGCCAAAGUAUAACUUUAAUACUACUUCCGGCCUUCUACUUUUAACACUCCUAAAAAUCACACACACCACAGGAGCCUCACAAACAGUCUCACAGCCUUCACAAGCAGCCCCACACUCCACCACAGACACACCAGACCCACAGCCCUUCACCUCACCCACUUCCCAGCCCCCAACGCCCCCCCAGCCACCACAAAUGAAGUGAAAGGAAGGGACUGUGGCUUCACCCAGCCAGCCAGGACAGCCUACAGAGAGGGGGUAGUCCCAGUCAAGUCACAAAAUAUAGGCUUGGUUCUUCCUACAGUUUGAAGUCAAUGAUUGGACAGGCCAGACAGCUUAGUGGCAGAGCUGCAGGUGGCCCUUGUAAGCUUCCUGGUGGCACAGAUGUAGGACGGCUGGGAGCAGUGGAGGUGCCUGAUGGGGCAGCUGUGCCGGGCAGAGGGGCUGCUACUGCUGCUGCUGCUGCUGGGGAGAGCCACACUUGUAUGGUGGUAACACGGAGAGGAAGUGGAAGAAAGCUUGGGACGCUCCCAUAACUCAGGAGCAAGAAAUACACCUUACUGGAAACCUUGUGACUGACAGGUGGCGGUGACUGCAGGAACCAAUUCAGAUGUCUGUCUUGUGUUGGCGAACGUCCUGUCUGCAGUCAGGCCAGUAGUGCCAUGUUGCAGGGUGUGACAUCAGGUGAAGAGCCAAAUGGAGAGUGUCUGCAGCCAGUACUGGCUGUGCUGAUGCUGUACAAGUGUCGAGCCAGGUGCCACAGCACAUGUCAGCUGACUCCACCAGAGUAGUGUCUCUAGUCCAGGAUGCACUGCUGUGUACGACUUGUAUGUCUUUGCUAAUAAAUAAAUAUUUGUGACUAUUCUUAUUAUAUAUGUGAAAUAAAUAUAUAGUUUGCUAACAGUGUGGUAUAAUAGUGUAAAAAUAAAUAUUUGAUAACAAUUCAUGCAUGCCCCAAAGGUAAAAAAAAAAAAAAAACAGGAUUGUGCCCUCUAAACUUUUAAGAUACCACUUGCACAUAGAAGCCCCGUCCCAGCGACUCCAGUGUCGGCUGGGAUGGGGCUUCUAUGUGCAAAUGGUAUCUUAAACUUAGUUUAGUAGCCAAUCCUGACUUUUUUUUUUACCUUGGGGGCAUGACCUGUACUCCCAGAAAGACUAUUUGCCAAAGAUAUUAUUGACAUGGCAUAAAUAACUAUCAUUAUGUUCAAGAUGGUAUACUGAAUGUUUAUUGUUUUAAUGUGAAUGUUAAGUGAAUAAAUACACAACAAUAAUAUAAA